AUGAAGUUUGGGGGGAAGGGGAUGAUCCAGCUGAUGGUACUGCUAUACAAUUGGGUGUGGAAAAACGAGUAUACGCCAAGUAGAUGGAGGGAAGGAGUGGUUGUGAACUUGUUUAAGAAAGGAGACAAGACUGACCCAGGAAACUACAGGGGGAUCACACUGUUGAACACAGUAGGAAAAGUGUUCUGUAAGCUGCUGAACGAUAGGAUAGUGGGAGUAUUGGAGAAGGAACAUAGCAUUAGUGA